AUGAAGGAUAGAGUCUUGUUAACACUGCCUGCGCGUGCGGUCUGCAAGGUCUCAGGCGGGAACGUGCAUCUUCUAGCAGUGGCAGGCAUUGUCUAUGAUUCACUGGCCUACUGUGGACGCUCUCUGGGGGCAAUAAAAAACAUCAACCUCGAUUGA